GCACAUUAUACUGUAUCUCGUCGAUGAUAUAGGGAUUGUGUCGAAGUUCCCCGAAAUCUGUUUUAUCUUACUUAAAAAUCAUAUUCUCAGUGUAGCCAUCUAUCGACUCAUAACAAAAGAUUAAUUUAAGGUUACCUUAAUUUAAGGUUAUGUUCUUUAGAGUAAACAUUUCAUCAAUUAGAAAAGAUUUACAUAAAAUAGCACUAAAAGUAAAUGCUCCAAUAUUGGUUGGAUGAAUAAUAUUACAAUUUAUUUAUAUCCUGUCUAAAUAAAUAGAACAGUAAUUAAAAAUGAAUAACUUGUUGAGGUUACGUUUGUUUAGUAAGUUUUUCAACAACCGGUGUUAUCAUAAUACAAAACAUAUACUAGACAUUGAACAUAGACAAAUAUAUGCAGAUAUUUUUCCUGAUAUUUAUGAAUCUCAAAUAAAGCAGUUAAUGAAGAGUUCACCACAAUGCAUUUAUGCUGGAUUUGAUCCAACCGCAGAGAGUUUGCAUGUAGGAAAUUUGUUAAUUCUUAUUAAUCUUUUACAUUGGCAACGCUGCAAACAUGAAGUAAUCAUUUUAUUAGGAGGAGCAACAGGUUUAAUUGGAGAUCCAAGCUACAGAAAAUCUGAACGUGUUGAAAUAGAACAAGUUGUACUUGAGCAAAAUAUAGAGGGUAUUAAAAGGGAUAUUAUAAAUAUUAUUAGAAAUCAUGAACAGUAUUUUAAUAAGGGUCGAAAGAAAUUGAUUCCUAUAAGAAUACUUAACAACAUAGAAUGGUACAAAAGUCAAAAUAUUCUCUCUUUCAUUAAGGAAGUUGGGAAAUAUUUUAGAAUGGGUACAAUGCUAGGCCGUGCUUCUGUACAAUCCAGAUUACAAUCUGAAAGUGGAAUGAGCUUCACAGAAUUUACUUAUCCAAUUUUUCAAGCAUAUGAUUGGCUACAUUUACAUCGCACAUAUAAUUGUAAUUUUCAAAUUGGGGGUCAAGAUCAAAUGGGUAACAUAGUAUCUGGAUAUGAUCUAGUAACCAGGUACACUAAAAAACAAGUUUAUGGAAUGACACUACCUCUAAUCACAGCUGAAGGUGGUGAGAAGUUAGGAAAAUCAACUGGCAAUGUUGUUUGGCUUUCUCCAUCAAAAUCUUCCAGUUUUCAGUUGUAUCAAUAUUUUAUUAGAACUACAGAUGCUGAUGUAGAAAAAUUCCUUUAUUUUUUGACAUUUUUGCCUACAAAGGAUAUUAAAGAAAUUGUACAGGAACAUUUUAAGCAGCCAGGACAUAGAACAGCACAAAAACUUCUUGCAGAGAAAGUUACAUUAUUAGUACAUGGAGAAGAAGGACUAGUGGCAGCAAAAAGAGCAAGUGCUGUUCUUUAUGAUAAUUCAAUUGAAUCAUUGCAAAGAAUGAAUGCAAAUGAUUUAGUUCAGACACUGGAAGGUGCUACUGUGGUAGAGCUUCUCUCUGAACCAGGUCUCAGUGUUUAUGAGUUAGCUAUGAAAGCUAACUGCUUUAAAACCAAUAAUGAUGCAAGGAGAAUUAUAGAAGCUGGUGGUUUUUAUAUUAAUUAUCAAAAAAUUACAAAUACCGAAGAAAUCAUUGUACACGGUGUACAUAUAUUAAGUAACAAUAUAUCACUUCUUAGGGUUGGAAAAAAGAAUUAUCAUAUUGUACGAUGGUUGUAAAAUAAAAAAUAACAACAUAACUUUAUUCA